AUGGAUUUAUUUACGGUUGCUGAUUUUUAUAUUAAUAGGCUGGUAAACUCUCAGGCAAGAGCCGGUAGUACCAGUUUGGUCGAGCAGAACAGGAUCAAGGCACUGAUUUUGGACAAAGAUACCACCUCCACGAUAUCUAUGUGUGCUACCCAGAGUGAAUUGUUGAAUCAUGAGAUCUACCUUGUGGAUACGAUUGAGAACGAUAACAGAGACGUAAUGAGACAUUUGAGAUGUUUGGUCUACGUGAAACCUACUGAGGAAACUAUACAGGCAUUGAUUCGAGAGCUAGAAAAUCCUCGGUAUGGAGAUUAUCAUAUCUUUUUCAAUAAUACAGUUACUAAAUCUCAGUUGGAAAGAUUGGCAGAAGCAGAUAGUAUGGAAUGUGUUUCAAAAGUGGAAGAGAUUUUCCAAGACUAUUUCAUUCUAAAUGAAGAUCUGUUUUCCUUCGACUUACCUCCUGAAAAUCUUUUUACUAAUUCAUUAUUAUGGGAUGAAGUUGGACUUACAGACUGCACCAAAAGUUUAACAUCAUUGUUGUUAUCUUUGAAAUUGAAACCCGAAAUUAGAUUUGAUGCCCCCAGUCGACUCUGCGGUAAAUUAGCCAAAGAAAUUAGUUAUGAAAUCAAUCAGAACGAAAGGUCGCUAUUUGAUUUUCCUCCUAUGGAUUCACCACCAGUUCUUGUAUUGUUGGAUAGGAAAACAGAUCCACUGACACCUCUUUUGCAGCCAUGGACCUAUCAGUCAAUGAUUAACGAAUACAUUGGUGUUAAACGCAAUAUGGUUGACCUUUCAAAAGUUCCUGAUAUCGACAAGGAUUUACAGAAGGUGACUCUUUCUCCAAGACAGGAUAGUUUCUUCAAGGAUACCAUGUAUUUAAAUUUUGGUGAAUUAGGUGACAAGAUCAAACAAUACGUGGAUAACUAUAAGGAUAAAACUAAUACGAAUAGUCAAAUUAACAGCAUCGAAGAUAUCAAGAAUUUUAUUGAGAAAUAUCCGGAGUUCAGGAAACUGUCGGGUAGCGUGGCAAAACAUAUGGCUAUCGUAGGUGAAUUGGAUAGGCAGUUACAAAUGAGAGAUGUCUGGGAAGUUAGUGAAGUAGAACAAAAUCUGUCGGUGCAUAAGGAUGACCCUGAGGAUUUCCGAGAUCUGGUUAAAAUACUGGAGAGUCCAAAAAUUGACAAAUAUUACAAAUUGAAGCUUGCAUGCAUAUACGCUCUAAGGCAAGGGAACAACAAUUCUCAGUUAAACGAGAUUGUACAAAUUUUACAAAAGCAACCAUUGUUCCCUGUAGAUGAUAUCAAUUUGUUCCACAAAUUCCGUAGGAUAUUUGGUCAAAACCAAGCUGUUGAUGAGGGCCAAGGUCGUUACUGGGAAAGGGAUGAUCUUUUGAGUGAAUUGACUAAAAGAUUCAAUAGUAAAGUGAGAAAUGCAGAUUCGGGAAAUGUAUUUAUGCAACAUAUCCCUAAAAUCUCUAAAUUGUUAACAGACUUUUCUAAAAACAAAGUUCCUAAAGAACAAUUCAAGACUUUGGAAGAAACAGAAACUUCCCGUAACGCUAAUGCAUCCCCACCAUCCCAGGAUCUAAUAGUAUUUGUUGUUGGUGGUGUUACAUUCGAAGAAGCUAGAUUUGUGCACGAAUUUAAUGAAACCAUGAGAGGUAAGAUGAGAGUGAUUCUGGGGGGUACUUCCGUAAUAUCCACCCACGAGUACAUGGAAUCCAUUCGCCAAACUAAUAAUAGUGGUAUAUAA